AUGUCGUCCUCGUCCUCGUCCUCGUCCUCGUCCUCCUCCCUCCCACCGACCGACCCGAACCAGAACAGCAACCCGACGAACGGGGACGCCAAACCGGCGAGCUCAUCCACCGCCGACCACGACGCGAUGGACACCUCGGACCACGCCUCGAUCGCUGCACCUCCACCACCCCAGGAACCCGAGGAGGAACCUCUACCCGAUGAGAUUCUCAACGGUACACCAGAGGACAUCAUGGCCCGUGUGCGGUUGAUUGACAAUGAUCUCAAGGUCAGCUUGUUGAGCGUGGCGGCUGCUGGGUCGGCGAUGACGAAGCGUCCCUCCCAACCCCCUGUGACCGCCCCGACUGACUUUGCGUGUGCAACCAUCGCUCAGGUCAUGCGAUCCGAAAGCAUGAGGUUGAACCACGAACGGUCGAAAAUGGUAGAGUCUAUCAAGGACAACAACGAAAAGAUCAAGAACAACAAGCAUCUCCCCUACCUCGUCGCCAACGUCGUCGAGGUCAGUCCUCGUGGGCGCCUACAGAGCACCGCGACCUUCAUUUCGAAACUGAGCUCACCCCCCCUGCCAGAUCCUCGACAUGGACCCGGAUCAAGACGAAGCAGGCGAAGGAGCCGGUGUCGACCUCGACGCGCAGCGCAAGGGCAAGUGCGCCGUCAUCAAGACCUCCACACGUCAAACCAUCUUCCUCCCCCUCGUCGGCCUUGUCUCGGCCGAGCAACUCAAACCGGCGGACCUGAUCGGCGUCAACAAGGACUCGUACCUCGUGCUCGACACCUUGCCCGCCGAGUACGACUCGCGCGUCAAGGCGAUGGAGGUCGACGAGAAGCCGACCGAUUCCUAUACCGACAUUGGUGGGCUCGAUAAGCAGAUCGAGGAACUCGUCGAGGCGAUCGUGUUGCCGAUGCAGCAGGCCGAAAAGUUCAAGGCGUUGGGCAUCAAGGCACCUAAGGGGACGCUCAUGUAUGGGCCACCAGGCGAGUGUUUUGAAUGGGCCCCGGCAAUAUCUGCGGUAUGCUGACAAGCGAUUGCCCAUCUCCUCGGCAGGCACGGGAAAGACUCUGCUGGCUCGUGCUUGCGCGGCACAGACGAACGCCUGCUACCUCAAACUGGCUGGACCUUCUCUCGUCCAGGCAAGUUGUAUGGUCCUCCCUUCGCCCGCCCAGCCCACGAAGAUUAACUCUACUCCGCUUCCCCGCAGAUGUUCAUCGGAGACGGCGCCAAACUCGUCCGGGACGCGUUCGCACUAGCAAAGGAAAAGGCGCCCGCAAUCAUCUUCAUCGACGAAAUAGACGCGAUCGGAACCAAACGAUUCGACAGUGACAAGAACGGUGAUCGUGAGGUGCAGAGGACCAUGUUGGAGCUGUUGAACCAGUUGGAUGGGUUUGGGUCCGAUGAGAGGAUUAAGGUGCGUGCAGGUGAUGCACCAAUGAGGGAAAGUGGGGGACCGACUAAUGACGCUUGGUUUAUCAGGUUAUUGCGGCGACGAAUCGAAUCGACAUCCUGGAUCCGGCAUUACUCCGAUCCGGUCGAUUGGAUCGCAAGAUCGAGUUCCCCCUGCCGACCGAAGAAGCUCGAGCUCGGAUCAUGGAGUGAGCCUCUAGUACGCUCUCAGAGUGAAGUAUGGUCUCUGACGAUCUCCCUCUCCUCCUUUCCAGAAUCCACUCUCGCAAGAUGCAAGUCUCGCCCAAAGUCAACUUUGAAGAGCUGGCGCGCUCGACGGACGAGUUCAACGGCGCGCAACUCAAGGCGGUGUGCGUCGAGGCGGGCAUGAUCGCGUUGCGGGAAGGGAGUCGCAUCAUUGGACACGAGCAUUACCUCAGUGGUGUGAUGGAAGUGCAGAGCAAGAAGAAGAACGAUCAGGUAUGUCCGGCGUGGCGGCGUGCUUUCGUUUGUGGUUCGCUUUCGUGGCUGACUUGGGCGGGGCCUUGAUGACAGUUCUACUUUGCUUGAUCUUCGGAGAACACCCGCUAUUCAAGGCGCGCCGAGGACCCAGGAGACUGUUCUCUAUUGUAUUACCACUUUCUACCUUUGUUCUAUGAUCUAGCUUUUGCUUGCUUCCCCCCCCCCCUCUAUGUUUCGGUCGCCUCGGUCGCGUGUCUCGCAUGAUAGCUCCUCGUCGCUCUGCGCUAUGGCCACUUCCACACAGUCUCGCAAAUCCGCAUGAAGAAAUCCAGGACGAUUUGAUGUCACUACUUUCGCCUCGGAGCCAGAGACCACUGAAGCGCUUGAAAAUCGCCUCGGACUUGACGGAGGGAGUGAAAACCCGGGACUGGCCGUGCCAAUUCCGAUUAGAACGUCGACUAGGGUGACUAGGAACGGAUUGUCCAUUUACUUGCCCUUCCCCCGCGCUUGCUUGCUCUCGUUCCCGCUCCCUUCCCCAGCUCACACGCCCCCCCUCCCCUCCCCUCCUUCCUCUUCCACCGCCCCGCUCGAGGUCGUCCAACCCCUACCGAUCCCCGUACUCCUUGUAGCGUACUACGAUCCUCUUCCUCUCUUUCUUGUCGACGCUCACGCUCGCUGGUUGCAGCACCACCCCGACGGUACGACCGCACGCCCGCACACGCACUCGAUCCCUGCGAUACUACAAGGGUGUGUGUGUGCUCGCAUCGACUCGUCGUACUCAAGGCCUACGCAGUUCAUUCAUCUCCAGAGGUCUACUCGUGGUCCAACGUCCCGGUGCUUCCUGCUCCCCCUUCUCCCUCUCCCCUCCCCACCCCACCUCCUCGUCCCUUGGUCAACGCCCUUCCCCCCCUCAAGACCGACCAUCGUGACGUCCUCACUCGUGAACGCGCCCAAUGGAGGCGGAGGUGGUGCAGCAGGUGCAGGGGGUGUCGUAGGUACGGCUAGUGCGGCCGCAGGCGCCUCAACGACGAACAGUGCCGGCUCCUCGACCAAUUCGAGCUUGUUGACCAUCGUCAAGGUCAGUUGGCUGGCAAGCCCGCUCCCAAGGGGCGAGAGUGACCUUGCUCACGGAGCAUUGUUUCAUCUUUGGGUUGUGGCGUGUGUUUAGGCGCAAAUCGUGUUCCAUCUGAGCACACUCAGCGAGGAGAACUACCAGAAGAAUCGGGACGAGAUCCGUUCGGUGCGUCCUUCCUCCCUCCCCUCCCCAGCCGUCCUCAGCACUUCCGGUCAGGUUGCUCCCUAUUCCCGAUGUGUCGUCCCCAUCUCUGCGAGCGACUAUACGUUGUUUGGUGCCGAGUGGGGUCAGCUCGGGACGAACUUGAUCGGCCGCGAGCACGACUCGCUGACGACCGUGGCCUGUUGGCCCACAGCUCGUCGACCAGCACGGCCCCGCGCCGCAACAGCACCUCAUCCGUAGACUUAUUCUUGCCGCCUCGACCCUGCUCGUCCCGACCGCGCAACCAGCCUCGCCUAACUCGGCCGCCAGCUCGCAACCGGCGCUCGUGAUGAAGCUGCUCGCGUCCGAGGUGACACGCAUGGCCCGCGAUCCAACCCUCUCGGAGCGCUUCCGUGACGCCGUCGUCGAAGGUUCCGAGGGGGCCUCGGGCGCCGACUCGGUCCUGCGCUCCUUCUCCCUCUCCAACUUGCUCACCCACGCCUCGCUCAAGGACCUGUCUUCGCUCGAACGCCUCGUCUUCGUCGCACCCUUCCUCGCGCUCUUGUUCCCCUCCGCCGCGGCCCCGCCCAACGUCGGCCUCAAGCGACAACUCGGACUCGAUGCGGCCAACAUCGCUCGGCAGGUCCUGCACGGUGCCUUGGAUCAGCUCGGGCUACCGGCCCAUGCUCCAGGGGAUCUCGGCGAGUCGCUGUCGCCCUUGCCCAUCUCGAAGCUGUUCUCGUUGCUGCUGUCCGACAUGACCCUCGGCGAGUACGAAGGCGAAGGCGAGGCCGUCUUCGACGACGAGCAACGACGGCUCAUCGUCUUGGCCGCCGUACGGGGUCGUCUAGGGGCCGAAGUCGGCGCACAAGCCCUGACCCACGCUCUGGGCGAGAUGAGCUUCGCCGGCACACCCUCGCCGAUCGUCAUCCUCACUCGACUGUCCCCCGCCCCGGCGUUGUGUUCGCCCGACCUAGUUCGCGCCGUCUUGGCUCGGUUCGGUGGGCUCUCGCAACUCGAGAGUGAUGCAACGGCCGGCAGUGGAGGAUCCGAAUUGCGGGUCUCGGCGAUGCUCUUUGACCUCGUCGACCAAGCGAUGCGCGACGCCGAUGCGGGCAGUGGCCUUGACUUGUCGAGCUGGGUCCGAGCAGUACACGAAGCCCAACCUUCCCUGCGGUGGGGUGGCGUCGUGCGCGCCUACGACUCGCCGAACCGUAGCCUACCCGACUCGUGGGGUCUUCGUCUCUUUGCGGCCUUGCUCCAACUCUCCCCUUACCCUGCCGAACCCAACUCGCCCCCACCGACCUCGCAAUACGCCCUUCUCUCCGCCCCCGGUGGCACUUCCGCCAUCUCGGGCCUUUGGUCCCCUUGGGCCAACCCGGCUCUCCAGCUCGGUUUGCUCGAACGCUUGUUGUACCUCCCUACCGAAUCCUUCAGCCUGAGCGCCUUGCCGUCGGUGACCAAAGUUAUCUCGAUCGAGGACGCGGCUUCGUCGUCGCCGACGAUCAAGACCUUGGCCUUGGGCGUACAGACCUCGCCCUGGAACUGCAAAGAGUUGGUCGCGACCUUGAUCCGGUUGAGCGAGCACGUGCCCGGCGCGACAAACGAGGAUCUGACGCCGAGGGUCCAUGAUUUGUUGGAUCGGGGUUGCAAGACCAAUCCCGAGUUGGUGUUGAUUGCUUUGACGCAGAUCGAGGUGAGUUAUUGGGUAGUCUGCAGUCGAUGAUGGCCCCGAAACUGAGAGACGCCGUGAUUCACAGAAACCUUGGACCGUCCUGCACACCGAGUUGAUCGCUCGCUUGCUGUCGACCUUCUUGACCGGCCACCCGGCGCACCAACUCGUCUUUCUGCGCAUCUACCAAACCGAUCGACAGUUCCUCACCGCCGCUCUGCGCGAUUUCUACGGCGAGAGCGAGAUGAACGUCUCGCGGAUCCUCGACAUCGCCCAGGACCUCAAGGCGCUCGACCUCGUCUUCGAGCUGCGUCCCUUCUUCCUCGCUCUCGAUUUGGCCGCCCUGGCCAGUCGUCGCGAGUACCUCAACUUGGAGAAGUGGUUGGGCGGGCAGAUGACGGCCCAAGGUGGGGUCUUUGUCCGUGCGACGCUCGAGUUCAUCGGGCACAAGGUUGGCCACGAUCUGCAUCGACAAGAAUUGGACCCGGCACCGGAGCCGACGACGCUUUCGCUCGGUGCGGCCACGGUCGCUUUGUUCAUGCGGGCGCUUCGACAACAGUGAGUCGCGUUCGGUCUGAACCAAGUCCUACAGAAUCGAGCUGAUCUCAACGACAACGACUUGCAGCCACGAGUUAUUCACGGGCAACGACGUCGAGCUGUACAAGGAGGUUCGCACGCAGUGCUUGCAGCUGUACCCUCGCUUGAUGAACUUUGCGCCGGGCAACGCCGACAGCGAGCCGGGAAUGUCGGUCGUGUCGUUCUCGCCGACGAUCGAGGCCGAGUGCGACGCCUUGUACAAGCGCAUGUACGAUCAGGAGAUCUCGGUGGACAACGUCGUCAGCGCGUUGCAACGCGCCAAGGAGUCGGACAAUAAGCACGACCACGAGUUCCUCGCGUGCUUCAUUCACGGCCUCUUUGACGAACACCGCUUCUUCAAUACCUACCCCGCGAACGAACUCGCGCUCACCGCGAACCUGUUUGGUGAUCUCAUCCAGUUUCAACUGAUUGAUUUCAUUCCGCUCGGCAUUGCUGUGCGCUACGUUUUGGAUGCGUUGCGCAACCCUCCCGAGUCGAACUGGUUCAGAUUCGGCAUUCAGGCUUUGGCGCGCUUCAAGGGUCGGUUGUCGGAGUGGCCCCAACUCGCGCACUCAAUUCUUGCGAUCCCGCACGUACAGCAGUUGCAUCCCGACGUCGCCAAAACAGCUCGCUUGGCUCUUCAACAACGAGAGGCCGGCGGUGCGGCUGGUGAAGGAGAAGCGAACGGAGCGAACGGCGGCGAACUCGUCGUCGCUGCCGAGGAAGAACGACCCGUCUUUACGGCCAUUCGAGUCGACCGCGCUCGAACGGGUGAGCCCGAGGCGCCUCACGAGGACACGUCGGACAAAAUCCUCUUCAUCGUGAACAACCUGGCGCCGUCCAAUUUUGAUGCCAAGGUGAGCGAGAUGGCGACGCGCAUCGAAGCGAGCCAUUUCGCCUGGUUCGCGCACUACCUCGUCGCGCAACGGGUGUCGAUUGAACCCAACAACCACGGGUUGUACACGCGCUUCUUGGACGCGUUGGACAUGCCCGUCUUGAUCAAGCGCGUCUUGCACGAGACGUUCGUCAAGCUGGCUACGUUGCUCAACUCGGAAAAGACAGUGCAAUCGAGUACCGAACGCACGCUUUUGAAGAACUUGGGGUCGUGGUUGGGCGGUCUGACGCUCGCCAAGGACAAGCCGAUCAAGCAACAGAAUAUCGCGUUCAAGGAGUUGCUGAUCCAAGGCUACGACUCAAACCGGUUGAUCGUCGCGAUCCCGUUCGUGUGCAAGGUGCUCGAGCAGUGCGCCAAGUCGCGCGUGUUCAAGCCGCCCAACCCUUGGUUGAUGGCGAUCGUGCGCCUGCUCGUCGAGCUGUACCAAUUCGCCGAGCUCAAGCUCAACCUCAAGUUCGAGAUCGAGGUCCUGUGCAAGAGCCUCAACAUCGACCUCAAGGAGGUCGAACCCACCGAGCUGUUGCGCAACCGACCGGCCGAUCUCGCCGUCGCUCAAGCGCAGGCCCAAGCGCAGGCCCAACAGGUUCCAGGCGGUGAUCUGUCCGGCAUGAUGGGUGGUCAGCAGCAGCUCGGCUCUGGUCCUCGCGAGACGGACGACCACACGCUCAGUCGUGGAUUCGCAACCGCCGCCGGUGGAGUUCACGGCGCCGAUGGCCAACGCUCUUUGGCGCCCUCGCUCAUGCUCAGUGGCAACCAAGCCGGCUAUUCGCUCUCACUCCAAGACACGAUCUCGGCGGCUUUGCAAUCGUUGCCGAGCCAGAUCACGUUCAACCCGCAAGUCCCCAUCUUUGCAUCGAACCAAGCGCUCAAGCGCCUUGUGUUCAUCGCCAUCGACCGAGCCGUGCGCGAAAUCAUCGCCCCCGUUGUCGAACGCUCGGUCACGAUCGCGGGCAUCUCGACUCGUGAAUUGACGAUGAAGGAUUUCGCGAUGGAGGGUGACGAGGAAAAGAUGGCCUCGGCCGCGCACCUGAUGGUGCAAAACCUCGCAGGCUCACUCGCCUUGGUCACCUGCAAGGAACCUCUGCGCAUCUCGAUGGUCACCCACAUUCGCAACUUGCUCUUGCAGAACGGCUUCUCGGAGCACUCCUUGCCCGAACAGGCGAUCCUGCUCGUCGCGGCGGACAACCUCGAAUUGGCGUGCGGCGUCGUCGAAAAAGUUGCGAUGGAGAAGGCCGUCGCCGAAGUCGAUGAGGGACUCUCGGGCUCGUAUCUCUCCCGUCGAGCUCAUCGCGAAAGGUCGCGAGAGGCGUUCUGGGAUACCGCCGCGAUGGCCGCGUCGCAUUACUCUGGCAUGCUCCCGGACCCUCUGAGGCUUAAGUUAGGUGGCCUGCAGCCGCAGCAAUUGCACGUCUACGAGGACUUUUCCCGCGUUCGUUCGUUGCAGAUGCAAGCCGGUGAGUGUUUGGGAAAGGGUCGCGAAGAAUGAAGUAAGGCGGAUUGACUGACAGACGUUUUGAUAAUACAAUUCAGAGCAACGCAACGCCGGUGCUUAUGGCCCCGACUCCCCCGCGAUCGCUUCGCAAACCACGGACGCUUUGGCCGGAGGUCUGCCCUCGCAACUCUCGCCCGUCCAAGCGAUGGAAAAGUUUGCGAGCCUGAUAGGCGAGCUCGAAAAGUACAUCAUGACGGAGCAAUCGGCAUCGACACUCGAGCGCCUCGCGCCCGACAGCGAGAUCCGUCACGUCCUACAGCAGAUCCCCAUGAUUGCAGCCAGUUCGGCCAGUCGCGACGAAACGACUCUUGGGUGCUCGCAAAAGGUCGUGCAGUUGCUCUACCGCAGCGAGACGGCUUUGGCGCGAGAGGUGUACGUCAAUCUGCUCGAACGCCUGUGCAGCCUCUCACUCAAGGUCGCCAAGGAAGUCACCGCAUGGCUCGUCUAUGCCGAAGACGAGCGCAAGUUCAAUGUCCCCGUCACGACCGCGCUCGUCCAAGCUCGGCUCAUCAACGCCGCCGAGCUCGACGUUCAACUCGCCAAGUUCAUCGUGCGCGAGUACCGUCCCUCGGUCCUCGACUUUGCGGCACGCUUCGUUGCCGAGUGCCUCAUGGAGGCCCCUCCCGUUUGCGCCAAGGAGCAACUCGUGCACUCGCUGGACGCUUUGGCGCAAGCGACGCGCUUGGGCAAAGGGACCGAGACGGCCAAGCAGCUCUUGCAGGAACUUCGAGGUGCCGUUGCCGUCUCUCGCCCCGCUUCACCCAUCGCUGCUGCUCCUGCGAGCACGGCUGUCGUUGCCCCCUCGACCGCCGCCGCCGGUGCUGGACCUGUCGCUGCCCGAGCUGGCGCGAUCGCUCCUGGCGUCAAGGCCGACGAUGCCGAGGUGCGCCAGCAGUUAACGUACUGCUUCGCCGAGUGGGUGCGCCUGUACCAACAGUCGUUCUCGGUCGAGAAGUCGUUCGUCGAUUUUGUCGUCCAGUUGCAGAAUCAAGGCAUUCUCAAGGGCGAGGAGAUAUCGUCAUUGUUCUUCCGCGUGUGCGCCGAAGUCAGCGUUGACAGCUACAUCAAGCACAAGGCCGCUGGUGGAUCGGCGGCGACGGGCAUUUUCCAGCCUAUCGACGCCUUCGCCAAGUUGAUCGUCUUCAUGAUCAAAUACCACGCCGAUCCGACUGGCGCCAACAACGACAAGGCCAAGGUACACUACAUGACCAAGGUCCUCUCUAUCAUCGUGCUCGUGCUCGCGAACUCGCACGAGGAACUCGGCCCUCACUUCCAACAGAAGCCUUUCUUCCGCUUCUUCUCGAGCCUGCUCAGCAACCUCCACUUGAUUGAGGGUCACUUGGGCUCGGCCUACUACCAGAUCUUGGUCGCGCUCAGCCACUCGAUCAACACGCUGCAGCCGUUGUUCUUCCCCGGCUUCACGUUCAGCUGGGUUGGACUCAUCUCGCACCGUUUGUUCAUGCCCAAGUUGUUGCAAAUGAAGGACAAGGAGGCGAGUUGCUUUGCGUAAUAGUCGUUGGUUGGUGGGUGCACAUGACUGACCAUGCUCUGUUUGUGUUCGGAUCUUGCAGGGCUGGUCGUCCUUCCACCGCCAACUCAUCUCGUUGUUGCGCUUCCUCGCGCCCUUCCUUCGUCGUGGCGAGCUCGGCGAGACGACGCGCGCGCUCUACCUGGGCACGCAACGCAUCAUCCUCGUCCUCUUGCACGACUUCCCCGACUUUUUGUCGCAAGCCUUUUUUGCGCUGUGCGAUGCGAUCCCGCCCCAAUGCAUCCAGCUGCAGAAUCUCAUCCUCAGCGCGUUCCCCGUGACGAGCUCGCUUCGACUGCCCGACCCGCUCCAACCAGGUCUUAAGAUCGAGCUGUUGCCCGAGGUGCAAAAGGCGCCGCAGGUCCUGACCGACUUUACGAUUGCCUUGUCGACGGCCGAUCUACGUGCGCCGCUCGACAAGUUCUUGCAAACUCGUUCACCGGCCACGAUGCCCGCCACGCUUCGCGAGCGCCUCGUCGCGACGCCUUCGUCGCGCACUGACGCGACCGACUGCAAGUACAACAUCUCGUUGGCCAACUCGCUUGUCAUGUACCUUGGUGUCGUCGCGCUGAACCAGACCAAGGCCUCGACCGGUGCCGUCAAGUUCGACCCUCAGUGCGCAUCGACCGUCGUCUUGCAGCAGCUGAUGAACGAGAUGGACCCCGAGGGCCGUUACACGCUCGUGUGCUCGGCCGUGAACCAGUUGCGUUACCCCAACUCGCACACGUACUGGUUCUCGUCCUUCUUGCUCGCGACGUUCAACGAGACGACCGAUGCGAACCUGCGCGAGAUCAUCGUGCGCGUCCUGCUCGAACGCAUCCUGUGCAGUCGCCCCCACAGCUGGGGUGUCUUGUACACGUUCAGCCAGUUGAUUACGGAUGAGGAUGCGAAGUUGAUGGAUCAAGGGUAAGUUGCAUUAGGUUCUUCCUCGUGCAGUUGCGUUUCCGGUGAUGCUGACUUUUUCACCGUGCCUGUGUUCGUCAGCUUCGUCAACAAGUCGCCCGAGGUAGCUCAGUUGUUCAAGGCCGUCGCACAACGUGCUCUUCCUCCCGUUGGGCCUGGUGGUACUGCUUCGGCGGCGUUGCCUUCGCCUACGCCUUCGCUUGCGCCCGCCCCCACGACGGCGUCGGCCUGA